AUGGCGAAGAUAACAAGUAAGAUUCCUGCGCUUAACAAUCUUAAGCAGUGUCUCCAGUUCCUGGAGUGGUUGAAAAAUGACGAACAUAUGCAAGGUCAGGUGGCCGAGGAACUGGCUCGGCGUCUUAGAAUCUAUUAUUCUAAGAAUUCAGAUUCACAGAACAUAAAAACCGCACUGUCGCGAUUGCUUUUUCAAGUGUCACACUUCUAUGAUAAAUUGUGCAAGAAUGCGCAGCCUACUAAUUAUAUGGCGAACACACCUAGUGUGGUAUUAUUUACCCUACUCGCUUGCAUUCCCAAAUUGCUCUCCGUCGUGUACUUCUUGCAAUAUCAUGUGGAUAAGAGGUUCGUUGCGGUAGGCGGAGGGGACUGGGCGGAUCAAACGAUUGGAAUGGUUGCAAUGUCUACAUCUGGUGUCAGUAAGAUUGAUACAUAUCUUAUUGAUACGUCCUUCGUUAAGUAUGGUGUCAUUUCUGGUGGAUUCGAAAAAGGCAGGUUGAAAGAAGGUAGUGAUGGUGGCUAUACCUACGGUACGGAGAUGGUUGAUGACCUCCCAAAGUUACUGGGCGAGUUACAUACAAAUUUCUUUAGUGACGUACUUGUCACAUCGGCUUUGACCAACGCUGGCUCACAGGCUUCCAACACGGCGAACGCUCUUGCAUUGCUCAAAACAUUUUGCGAGAUUGUGGACGAUGACAAAGAUAGAAAGGUAGAAAAUGCUCUGGAUGGGUAUAUCAACGAGUACAGAAACUGCAUCGAGUGGGAAAAAUUGAAAACGCAUUGCGCCGAACUUAGAGUGUCACUCGAAAGAAUUUUCAAUGCUGGUGUCCUCUCCAACACUGGUCAUUCGCCAGCAGUUGAUGAUCUUAACAAAGAAAAGUUCGCUAAAAGGAUGACGAGGUGGCUUAGAGAGAAUUUGGAUAGAGUGGGGUCAAGUCUGAAAGAGAUUAAGGCAAAUCGCUAUACAAAUGCUGGUGAUUAUUUCAACAAGCAUUUUUUCCCAUAUGGUUUUAUAUUUGAUAGCCACGACUUCGGUACGGAGAGCUACAGGUCUCAGGUUUUGGAUCAGAAAUGGAAAGGGGUAGUAGAGAUUCUCAGUGAAUACGGUAGAGAACUGGAUAAGACGGUAAAUAUUUUGAAGGGUGUGUCAUGUAAAGACCAUAACCAUGUCAAGACGGCGGAUCUUGAAGCAGAUGACGAGGAGGAUGAGGUUGUGGUGUUAGAGGAGUUAGGUGUGAGUGAUGAUCUUGGAGUUGAGGGAUCUCCCAACCAGGGCAAGAAAGCGGAGGGAGCACAGAACCAGGGUAAGAAGGCGGAGGGAGCACAGAACCAGGGCAAGAAAGCGGAGGGAGCACAGAACCAGGGCAAGAAAGCGGAGGGAGCACAGAACCAGGGCAAGAAAGCGGAGGGAGCACAGAACCAGGGUAAGAAAGCAGAGGGAUCUCCCAACCAGGGCAAGAAAGCGGAGGGAGCACAGAACCAGGGUAAGAAGGCGGAGGGAGCACAGAACCAGGGCAAGAAAGCAGAGGGAGCACAGAACCAGGGCAAGAAAGCGGAGGCAGCAUCUGAUGAUGAUGAUGAGGAGGACGAUUUGGCGGAUGCUGCGUCAGUGGGAUCUUCAAAUCAAAACAAUGGUCAAAGUGAACACCAGCCUGGAAUGUCGCAUACAUCACUUGGUUCUAACGUUCCUCCUGAAGAUGGUAAAGGACCCCAGGGCCACGCUGGUCCGCCAGAUGACGCAGGUAAGAGUUUGCAGGGCAGUGAUCCUCCAGCUCAAGCGCCUGCUUUACCUCAAGCUCCAGGUGUUAAACCUUCAAGCUCGUCACCUGGUGGCCAUGGUGCAGGUGGUGCUCCAGGCGCACCGGGGUCUAAUGGUGAUCCAGGCCAGACAGGGCCUACUAGUAUGGUUGCUUCUGCGUCGUCUCAAGGUUCAGAUGCACAGGGGAUACAAUCGCCUCAGCCUACACUUCAAUCGUCGCCAGCGUCUUUUCCAACCCCUCCCGCCAGUCCUACUGGAAGCCCUAAGCUCACUGCUCAAGCUGCGGUGCUAGGUGGGGGUUUACAGAAUGCUUCUUUGGGUUCACAGCAUACAGUAUCUUCCCAGGCUGUGCUCACUCAGGCAGCAAAGGAUUCGAGCCGGCAAUCUGCUGCAUCUGGUAGCCUUGCUCCCGGUAGUGGUCAAGGUCAGGAUUUGCCUAAAUUAGAAGUGGAAAUUUUGAAGCCUAAAUUGAUAUCUAGUGAGGAUGCUUAUAAUUCAAGUGCCGAUGCGCUAAUCAGUGAUCAUAUUGAGAGAUCACGAUACCGCAACGGCAUUAACCCUCCUAAAGAUCCUUUGACUGUUUCCCAUACACUUGGCAAAGCAUCUCCACAAUCGGAUAUAGCUUCUGACCUGGAUAAGUUACAAGAAGCUUCAGUUUUGUCGAACUCAUUAGACCUUCGUGAUGUCGAUAUGCCGUUUGAACAUUUUGAUUUCCAUGAAUCACCCAACGAAGGAGGUACUGGUGAAGUGUAUAUUCCCCAAUGCCUCAACCCCUGGUAUGUUGACCCUUCAUCCACCUCUACCAGGCAUUCAACUACUUCUCCCCCAGAUUCUGACAAUAUGCCUUCUCCCAAUACUGUCCGUGAAAUGCUCUAUUGGAUGGUCGGCGUUGUCGAAUUAGGGUACAUUGGUUUUAUUCAGAAGCAUGUUGGUGGAGUUUUGGAUGAUAUUAAUAAAGACUCCUCGUGGCCUUCAUUUGCCAUCGAUGUCACCGGGUAUCCCAACCAGCUGACUGCUUCCCGUGUCACCAAUACCCUUGCAGAGGCGUGCCUCUACUCGGCAAACAUAAUCACACGGAUUAAGUACUACAAUGAUUUUAAAGCCUUCUCUACUUUCGACUUCAAAUCAGUAUAUAGUCAGCUGCAUUAUUCGUCCGACCCCUCCUGUCUCCUCUGCCAGCUGCGUGACUACGCCUAUGCCUGCCACUACCAGUUGCAAUUCCUGAAGUCGCAGUGUUCUAGAAAUGAGUCUCGAGGCGGUUGGAAGAAUUGUGAGUACGGCAGUGAGGCCAAGAUGCCAUCUCCCCUCCAGGCGUUCCUGACUGACGGCUGGGACUCCGACUUCAAGACGCACCUCUUCGACCCGUGCAAUCUGUGCCUCAAGAGCAGGGUCAGGAUGGGAUUCAAGAGGAGAGAUUUGCCUAAGAUAUCGAAGCAGGGCAGUGUCAUUUCAACCAUCCUGUCUCCUACCUGCGGCGGUGAGGACCCCUUGCUGACCCUGUCCUCCUACCUCAACUGCCUCACCAGGCGGACGCCGCGCACCACCGGGGAGCUUGUGUCGUACUUCCAUCAUUUCGGUAUCGAGUUGCACGAUUAUGCUUCAAAGGCACUUUCUUCACUAGGCACUGCCAUCACCAAGUCACAUGCCAACUGCCCCAACUGGGACCAACUUGGUGACUCCGACCUCCAAGCAGUUCAGGGCAUCCGGGGCUACGAGACUCUCAACUCCAAGCACAAUCACGGAAAUGACCAUUCCAAUACGCUGUCCACACUUGUUGGCUGCUGCAGUGACUCGGCCAAUUGCCCACAAUAUUGCUCGCCCAUUACCUACCGGGCGUACUCCCUGUACUCUCCGACUUUCGCCCACACCUACCUCAGCUGGGCGGUGUACCUGCCGGACAGACUGUGGGAGUCACUUGAACGACUGCGAUAUGAUUUCAAGACGCAUACAUGUUCCGAACCUAAAUCAUUCCAUCAGUGUUCCGCUGCCAUGCCUCUCCUCUACACACACGGGUUCAUGCCACCGGAGGGUAAAUUACAGUGGCCACUCACAUGUUCAGAUAUAAUCGUAAAGCUGAGGACCGUGGUCGACGGCAAGCCUAUUGCAAUGCUCAUCACCUGCAUGGAUGAGUUCCUUUACAGAGUCCGAGGGCCAUUCAUCUACACGCUCAUGGCAUUGUGGUCAGGCGCAAUUCUCUUCAUGUCUUACACGAUACUGUACCGCCUGGACGUCCUGUAUCUCUGUUCUCACUUCAUCAGGUCCAAGGCUUCACACCUCAUCGACGUCAAGGCGCUGCUCACUAAUAGCAGGAAGAUGCUCUCACUCUACGACGCCGAUUACUUCGACGAUGAUCCCAAUGAUCUCAUCGACCAGCUUAAAUAA